AGGGGAGAAGGCGGGAGGCCGGGAACGCUGCUUGGGGCUUUCCGAUGGGCGGCAGCUUUCAUGACCGAUGUCGCUCUCGGCAGUGCUGUCCGCCCUUGUUUUGCAGUCCACACCCUGUACUCUGUCUGUUUUACUUUGCGCGUUUCUGGGAAUGUUUUUCCUCAUUUAGAAGCGGCUUCCGCUUUUGGGGGAAAAGGAAAAAGGCCUUAAUCGGAAACCUUCAAAUAGACAUGCCAGAUUUUACAUUUUUCGUUUUCUGAUACUCAAUUUUUUUUUCUUUCCGUUGUGAAGAGAUUAGUUAAUUUAAUUGAUUUCAUAACCAGUAAUCAAAAAUGUUUUACUGCCAGAAGGGAUAUUUUUAUUUUAAUUGAAACAUCGAAAUAGAUCUUACAGCUGCUGUUUCAUACAUGACUCAUAAGCAAAGCGAAGAUUAUUUGAACUUCCCCGUGCAUUUUUACUUGCUAACAUACAUUUUCUGAGUUGACAUUUGACGGAAAAAAAAACCCCAGGUCAGUAUGUGCUAAGUGAUUUAUGAUUCACAGUGGAACACAGUGGAAAAAUCCAAAGUAGAAAAUACUUAGGAUUUUUCACUUACCACGUUUCUACACAACAUUAGAGCAAUUAAAAAAAGAAUAAAGCAUUAGGCACUAUGUAAACAAGCGUCAGAGAACAACUCAGUUUUAACAGCACUUGCUAAAGAACAGUGAUUCUUAAACUUGGCUUAUAGUGAAAUCACUUGGCAAAAUGUUGGGAAACAUCUUGUCAGAGCCCCCAUUCUGGAAAACCUGUUAAAACGCUUCUGGGGUGAUGCUCAUGGUCUGCCUGGUUUGGAAAUCUCAACAGGAUCUCUGAUUUAAAAAAGAAAAAAACAUAGUUUACCAACUACUAUUUUGUAAUUCAUUCACAGUAAUGAAUCAAACAUGAAAGCCUUGCAUCAAAAUAUGAAGGAAGGGUUGUAUUAGUGGAUUUUUCUGUUGUAUGUUGAAAAACGUUUUUCUACAUUAAUUCGAGAGUAUUUUUAAGCAGUAACAGAAAUGGGUAAGCUGUCAUGAAGUAGGUCUUAGUUCAGAAUUCUUAAUUUUAUUGAGUAAAAGAUGCUACCUUAAAGGAGAUGUGGACCUCUCCCAAGUGUUGAUAGAGAUGUUUACUUGGGCAUGUUUGAGUUUUCUGAAUAAAAUAAAAAAAAAAAAAGAAGAUAAAUUGCAGUGGUUGGUUUUGUAGGUUAAUACAGUCUUGGUUUUUUGGUAAUAUUUGGAUGGUUAUGGAAAGUCUAGGUGAAGUAUAGCUGAGUUUUCAUAGUUUGUUUUAUGGAAGGGUUCAUGAGAGAUUCUGUAAAUGUAUAUUAAGUUUUUUUUUUAUUGGAUGUAAAAUAUAUUAACGUUCUUGGAGACUUAAGUAGUGUAGAACUUAAGCUUUGAUAAAGAAUCUGUCAUGACCAAUUUUGGUUUUCAAGUGCAUCUACCACAAGAAAAAAGUAAUCCCUCUCUGAGAUUGAAUUCUGAUUGACUGUCUUAAAAUUUUAGCCCUUCAGUUUGCUAAAAGUGGGGGGAAAAAGUCAUCAGCGUUGUAGUCUUGUUCAGGAAGGAUAUGAUAUAACUUCCAGCAGAGGCAUUGUAGCUAAGAAUAGAUAUCUUUACUUGGUGAGUUAAAAUGCUGUAUCAUGAUAUAGCAAUUUAUCAGUGAAUUGCUUGCAACCCACUUGGAACCAAUUAACUUUUUAAAGAACCAGUGUUUAUUAAGUCUGUUUAGUAAGCUUUCUCUGGGUUUUUCUCUCGGAUCGAGAAUGGCCUUGUGGAUUUUUGAUAUUUAAGCUUUCGUGAAAACCUGAAGCCUCCGUUUGGUGUUUGGCUUUUGGGAGAUGAGUGCUUUUUAUAAACAGCAAGUUAGAAGUGGAAGGUGGGCAGGUGGGCAAGCAGUACUUGCUAAGGAAUUUCAGUUGUUUUAAGAGUGAUAGUAGGUUACUGCUUGAGGGGUAAAUCUGGAAGUUGUGUUGUUUCCUGCUGACGGUAUCUGAAGUGCACGGAUUUGAGAAUCAGUUUGCUGCCUUGGCAGCCACUCGUGGCCCUCCCCCGCGAUCCCUGAGAACCAUGAGAAAUACCUCCUGAGACCACCGGGAAUUUCCAGACUCAUAAUUUCUCCUAUAAAAUUCGGUACAAAAAAGUUGUUCCUGGCGUAAAAAUUGAGUGACUACUUUUAUGUGACAUCUUGUUUAGCAAACUUUUUCUUUUCUGUCUAUGAGCCAUUAGUUUUGUUUUUAAAUUUUAGAUCUUUUUGUUUUUUUCCUGAAAACAUUAGAACUCACAAUUGGCUUGGCGGGGGAGGGAGGGGUUGCCUUUUUUUUUUGUUAAAUCACGUAAGAGUUAUCUUGUAUACAUAUAAAAAUAACUGUUGACAUAUUUAUGCUGGGUAUUUGUCAUUAGUUGGGUCAUUCCCUCCUGCAUUCCAGCCUGACGAAGCAUUGAAUUCAAAUUUAUACCUCAGUGAAAUUGGAAAUUAUGACUUGUUUUAGGACUUUUGGAUUAUUAGUGUAAAGCCAGAACAACAUCACACCAGUCAUCACAUGCUCAGGGUCUAAUGUAUGUUUAUUUGUGAACAGUAAUUCAGCACUCUUGAUAGGAAACACUGCUAUGACCUUUCCCCUGAUCAGUCUAAAUUUUAAGUGAUGGUGGCAAGAUUGGGGGCAGAGACCAUUCGAAAAGGCUGGGUGUGUUUGAGUGCAGUUUAUGAGGUGGGAGGACAAAGCUUUCUUCUGUGAAAUAAACGCUUUAUCCUGACCCUGGUCUGUAAUUAUGGGGAACCCUAGGUGUAUGGAGGCCAUUCAUGCUAGAAUUAUUGUUUAAAUGUUAAGGGUAACUUUUUUGGGAUUUCCGCUACAUUUUCUGGAUUGUAUUUCAUAUGAAAAGUAUUUCAGUUCCCUCUAUUGGAGGUAUUCCCAUAAUUUGGGGGAAAAGGUGAUCACUCUGAUCUCGAUGGAGAGAGAACGUUGCAGAAAAGCCUAGGCCAAGGCAGCGCCUUACGGACAGUCUUAAUUUUAUGUUUUGGAUUCAAUUCUAAUGAGUUAUUUUGUUAUCUGUAAUGUGUUUAACUGUUAACUCAGUGCCUCUGGAGAGCUGUUUAUGUAAUAGGCACCAGGUCAGCUUUGACUUCAGUACUGCAAGUUCUUGUUCUCGGUUUAGGCCAGGUGGAGUAAGUAUUCAUUGUUGGACUUGCAGUUUUCUCGUUAGUAAAAUGUGGAUGAGAAUAAUAUUUAACUUCAUUGGGUGAUGAAGAUUAGAUAACGUAAUGACUGUGAAGUGCUUAGCAGAGAGCUUGGCACAUUGAAAGUGCUCAGUGAACAUAAGUUAUUAGUGAUACUGUCUUGUUACUAGAAUGUACAUUAUUAGUGAUACUGUUUUGUAACUAGAAUGUAAGUUAUUAGUGAUGCCGUCAUGUUACUUGCCCUUCCUGCACUUUCUAAGUCCCUCUUCAAAAGCUAGGUUGUUUCUGAGGGCAGUGGUUGCGGUCCUGGCCUGUGAGAGUCUGUGUGGGCCAGUUCGAGAGAUUUGUUAGAAUGAUUUUAGGAGACAAGGCCCCUUUUGGUUAAUUGAAUGAAACUUGGGUGUGUUAAGCAGUUAUCCUCUUCUGAAAUUUUAUUUUCUGCAAAGACAGGCUUUUAGGGGAGCACAUGACUCUUUCUGGACUAGAGCAGUCUGUUGUAUGAGUCACAGCUCUCCUCUGGACGUAUUGCCCUGGAGUACCCUCUCUACCUCAUUUCCCCUCUCAGGCUGUUGGAGUACAAGUGUGAAUAGUGAAUGCCUCUUCAAGGUGCAGUGCUGCUUGGAUAUAAAUGGAAUAGUAAUAAUACUUAGAAUCAGUAACCAGUCUUCACGGUAGCACAUUUGAUGGCGUGCGAUGCCUUGAAGUCCCUUUAUCCUUUAGAACUAGAGUGUCAAGAUUUAUGUAUUUUUGGUUACCUCCAUUUCCUUUCCUUUUUGAUUGAUGGGUUAGUUCUAGUGUUUUGUUUCUUUAAUUGUGGACAGCAUCUAAAAAUACCAAUUCCAACCCUACCCCUGAGACUGAGCUAAUUUGUGUGUGUGUGUUUUCAUGUAUGCGUGUGUCUCAAUGUAUUUAGAAUCUUCCGAUGGAGCGCUUGUUCUUACGUCCUUUCCUAACGUUUGGUCUUCCCAUUGUAUGUCCCAUUUUCUCCUUUCCCUUCUUAGGUCAGUUUUAACAACAGCUUGAGGUUGGAGCUCUAGAAGCAAAUGUGGGGGGUGGAAGGGAGAAAUGGGGUAGGUGCUUGAUGGAAGAGUUCUAUAUUAAAUGGCAUGCCCGAUCCAGCUCCAGGCAUACCUUUAAAAUGUGUAUACCGGUGGAAUGUCUUCACCUCAAGGUUUGGGAAUUCCUGACCUCUCCAUGUCCUUGCCUUAGUCGCUUUAAGGUCUAGUGUUCACUCUUCUGUAGUGCUCGCUCUUCUUUCAGAUACCUCCAGAAGUUUAGAUUCUUGAAGUGCUUCGAAUGGAGUUCCCAUUCCAUCCAGAACCCCCUUUCCCUCUAAUUGAUAAAGGUAACUGAAAAAAGGACCGCUACAGCGGUGCGCGGGGCUAUGCUGUGGGCAGCUUUGGAGUGGUUGUCACCCACUGGGGGUGGUUGUGAAUUGUAACCAGCAUUUAAAAAAAAAAAGGGAAUGGAAUAUGAUAAUAAAUCUUGGCGUAUGCCAGUUGUGUAGAUUCUGUUUAGCAGUACCUGUAACGUUGGUAAACUUCGGAUUUUAUCAUGAAGGGAAAUUUUAAGUGGUUGUGAGCAUUUUAUAGAAAAACACUUUAUAGAAAAAAUAUGUUUAUGUUCAUAGAGUGCUUACUCUAUGGCUGUCACUGUUUUAAGGAUUUUAUCUAUAUUUAAUAUGGAGGUCAAUAAAGUAAAAAUGUUCUUAAUCUCUUUACAGAUGAACUGUCAUGGAGCUCUGUUCUGUGAUAGGCGGGUGGACCAUCCCUGGUCUGCCUCAACUCUUGGUGGGCUGCCUACAGUGCUCUAUCAUUCGGCAUCUGAAGAAGCAUCGGGUUCAGAAUCAGGCAGCCAGUCGGAAAGUGAGCAGGGCAGUGACCCAGGAAGCGGACAUGGCAGCGAGUCGAAUAGCAGUUCUGAAUCUUCAGAGAGUCAGUCGGACUCUGAGAGUGAGUCAGCAGGUUCUAAAUCCCAGCCAGUCCUUCCAGAAGCCAAAGAGAAGCCAGCCUCUAAGAAGGAACGGAUAGCCGAUGUGAAGAAGAUGUGGGAAGAAUACCCUGAUGUUUAUGGGGUUAGGCGGUCAAACCGAAGCAGACAAGAACCAUCACGUUUUAACAUUAAGGAAGAGGCAAGUAGCGGGUCUGAGAGUGGGAGCCCAAAAAGAAGAGGCCAGAGGCAGCUGAAAAAACAAGAAAAAUGGAAACGGGAGCCCUCAGAAGAUGAACAGGAUCAAGGCACCAGUGCAGAGAGUGAGCCAGAGCAAAAAAAAGUGAAACCCAGAAAAUCCGUCCCCAGAAGACCAGUGCCCAAACCCUGUGUUAAGAAGCAGCCUAAACCUCAGCGUGGAAAAAGGAGAAAACAAGACUCUUCUGAUGACGAGGAUGAAGAUGAUGAAGCCCCCAAGAGGCAGACUCGUCGCCGAGCGGCUAAAAAUGUUAGUUAUAAAGAAGAUGAUGACUUCGAGACCGACUCAGAUGACCUUAUUGAAAUGACUGGAGAAGGACUUGAUGAACAGCAAGAUAAUAGUGAAACUAUUGAAAAGGUCUUAGACUCGAGACUAGGAAAGAAAGGAGCAACUGGAGCUUCUACUACUGUAUAUGCAGUUGAAGCUAAUGGAGACCCUAGUGGUGACUUUAACACUGAAAAGGAUGAAGGUGAAGUCCAGUACCUCAUCAAGUGGAAGGGUUGGUCGUAUAUCCACAGCACGUGGGAGAGUGAAGAAUCCUUACAGCAGCAGAAAGUGAAGGGCCUAAAAAAACUAGAGAACUUCAAGAAGAAAGAGGAUGAAAUCAAACAAUGGUUAGAGAAAGUUUCUCCUGAAGAUGUAGAAUAUUUCAACUGCCAACAAGAGCUGGCCUCAGAGUUGAACAAACAGUAUCAGAUAGUAGAAAGAAUAAUAGCUGUGAAGACAAGCAAAUCUACAUUGGGUCAAACAGACUUCCCAGCUCACAGUCGGAAGCCUGCACCUUCAAAUGAACCUGAGUAUCUGUGCAAAUGGAUGGGACUGCCAUACUCAGAGUGUAGCUGGGAAGAUGAAGCCCUGAUUGGGAAGAAAUUCCAGAGCUGCAUCGACAGUUUCCACAGCAGGAACAACUCAAAAACCAUCCCAACAAGAGAAUGCAAGGCCCUGAAGCAGAGGCCACGAUUCGUGGCUUUAAAGAAACAGCCGACCUAUUUAGGAGGCGAGAACCUGGAGCUCCGAGAUUACCAGCUAGAAGGUCUCAACUGGCUUGCUCAUUCCUGGUGCAAAAGUAACAGUGUAAUCCUUGCUGAUGAAAUGGGCCUGGGAAAGACCAUCCAGACCAUAUCAUUCCUCUCCUACCUGUUCCACCAGCACCAGCUGUAUGGCCCCUUUCUUAUCGUCGUCCCUUUAUCCACCCUCACCUCGUGGCAGAGGGAGUUUGAAGUCUGGGCACCAGAGAUUAACGUAGUGGUUUACAUAGGUGACCUGAUGAGCAGAAACACGAUACGGGAGUAUGAAUGGAUUCAUUCCCAAACCAAAAGGCUGAGGUUCAACGCUCUUAUAACAACCUACGAAAUUCUCCUAAAAGAUAAGACUGUGCUGGGCAGUAUUAACUGGGCCUUUCUGGGAGUGGAUGAAGCCCAUCGGUUGAAGAAUGAUGACUCUUUAUUGUAUAAAACUCUGAUUGAUUUCAAGUCCAACCAUAGGCUCCUGAUUACGGGGACCCCUCUUCAGAAUUCCCUCAAAGAGCUCUGGUCCUUGCUGCACUUUAUUAUGCCGGAGAAAUGGACUCUGGGUGGACUCCAACAUCCAACGUUUUGGUUUGAGUUCUGGGAAGAUUUCGAAGAAGACCACGGCAAAGGGAGAGAGAACGGUUACCAGAGUCUUCAUAAAGUGCUAGAGCCUUUUCUUCUCCGAAGAGUCAAGAAAGAUGUGGAGAAAUCCCUUCCUGCCAAAGUGGAACAGAUUCUCAGGGUGGAAAUGUCAGCCCUUCAGAAACAGUAUUACAAGUGGAUUCUGACCAGGAAUUACAAGGCUCUUGCCAAAGGAACAAGAGGCAGCACGUCAGGUUUCCUUAAUAUUGUGAUGGAGCUGAAAAAAUGCUGCAACCACUGUUAUCUGAUUAAACCCCCUGAAGAGAACGAGAGGGAAAACGGCCAGGAGAUUCUUCUGUCCCUGAUCAGGAGCAGUGGGAAGCUGAUUCUAUUAGAUAAGCUGUUGACAAGACUUCGAGAAAGGGGGAACAGGGUCCUUAUCUUCUCCCAGAUGGUGAGAAUGUUGGAUAUCUUGGCAGAAUACCUGACUAUUAAGCACUAUCCUUUCCAGCGCCUGGAUGGUUCCAUCAAGGGAGAAAUCCGAAAACAGGCACUGGAUCACUUCAAUGCAGACGGGUCUGAGGACUUCUGUUUCCUGCUCUCGACAAGGGCUGGUGGCCUGGGAAUCAAUUUGGCUUCAGCGGACACAGUUGUCAUCUUUGACUCUGAUUGGAACCCCCAGAAUGACUUGCAGGCACAAGCCCGAGCUCACAGAAUUGGCCAGAAGAAACAGGUAAAUAUUUACCGCUUGGUUACGAAGGGGACCGUGGAGGAGGAGAUCAUAGAACGAGCCAAAAAGAAGAUGGUAUUGGACCAUCUGGUGAUUCAGCGCAUGGACACCACUGGCCGGACGGUCCUGGAAAACAACUCAGGAAGGUCCAACUCAAAUCCUUUUAAUAAAGAAGAGCUGACAGCAAUUUUGAAAUUUGGAGCCGAAGAUCUCUUCAAAGAACUUGAAGGGGAGGAGUCAGAGCCUCAGGAAAUGGAUAUAGAUGAAAUUUUGCGCUUGGCUGAAACCAGAGAGAAUGAAGUAUCAACAAGUGCGACAGAUGAGCUUCUGUCACAGUUUAAGGUUGCCAACUUUGCAACAAUGGAAGAUGAGGAAGAACUGGAGGAGCGUCCUCACAAGGACUGGGAUGAGAUAAUUCCAGAAGAACAAAGGAAGAAAGUGGAGGAGGAGGAGCGGCAGAAGGAGCUGGAAGAAAUUUAUAUGCUGCCUCGAAUUCGAAGUUCUACUAAAAAGGCUCAGACAAAUGACAGUGACUCUGAUACUGAGUCUAAGAGGCAGGCCCAGAGAUCCUCUGCCUCUGAAAGUGAGACAGACGACUCCGAUGAUGACAAGAAACCAAAGCGCAGAGGGCGCCCACGAAGCGUGCGGAAGGACCUCGUAGAAGGAUUUACUGAUGCAGAGAUCCGAAGGUUCAUCAAGGCUUAUAAGAAGUUUGGUCUCCCUCUUGAACGGCUGGAGUGCAUAGCGCGGGAUGCUGAGUUGGUAGAUAAGUCCGUGGCGGAUCUGAAACGCCUGGGAGAACUAAUUCACAACAGCUGUGCCUCAGCAAUGCAGGAAUAUGAAGAACAGCUGAAAGAAAAUGCCAGCGAGGGGAAAGGACCAGGGAAAAGGAGAGGCCCAACUAUCAAGAUAUCUGGGGUCCAGGUUAAUGUGAAAUCUAUUAUCCAACAUGAAGAAGAGUUUGAGAUGCUGCAUAAAUCUAUCCCUGUGGACCCUGAAGAAAAAAAAAAGUACUGCUUAACCUGCCGUGUCAAAGCUGCGCAUUUUGACGUGGAGUGGGGAGUGGAGGACGAUUCACGGCUAUUGCUGGGCAUUUAUGAACAUGGCUAUGGAAACUGGGAGCUUAUUAAAACGGAUCCAGAGCUGAAAUUAACUGACAAAAUUCUGCCCGUGGAGAGCGAUAAAAAGCCUCAGGGAAAGCAGCUGCAGACCCGAGCGGACUACUUGCUGAAGUUGCUCAGGAAGGGUCUGGAGAAGAAGGGGGUCGUGAAAGGUGGGGAAGAGGCCAAAUUAAAGAAGCGGAAGCCUCGAGUAAAAAAAGAGAACAAAGCACCCAGGCUGAAAGAUGAGCAGGGAAUUGAGUUUUCAUCCCCUAGACACUCAGAUAAUCCGUCAGAAGAGGGGGAAGUAAAGGAUGAUGGCUUAGAAAAAAGUCCAACGAAAAAGAAACAGAAGAAAAAAGAGAACAAGGAGAACAAAGAGAAACAAACGAGUUUGAAGAAAGACAAAGAUGGGGACAAGGAAAGGAAGAAGUCGAAAGAGAAGAAAGAGAAGCCUAAAGGUGGUGAUGCCAAAUCCUCGAGCAAAUCCAAGCGAUCUCAGGGGCCUGUCCAUAUCACAGCAGGAAGUGAGCCAGUCCCCAUUGGAGAGGAUGAGGAUGACGACCUGGAUCAGGAGACGUUCGGCAUAUGUAAGGAGAGAAUGAGGCCUGUGAAAAAGGCAUUGAAACAGCUGGAUAAACCUGACAAGGGACUCAGUGUGCAGGAGCAGCUGGAGCACACCCGGAACUGCCUCCUGAAAAUCGGGGACCGGAUAGCUGAGUGCCUUAAAGCCUACUCAGACCAGGAGCACAUCAAACUGUGGAGGAGGAACCUAUGGAUUUUUGUUUCCAAGUUUACAGAAUUUGAUGCUCGAAAACUACAUAAGUUAUACAAGAUGGCUCAUAAGAAAAGAUCUCAAGAAGAGGAGGAGCAAAAGAAGAAAGAUGAUGUGAUUGGUGGUAAAAAACCGUUUCGACCAGAGGCCUCCGGCUCAAGCCGGGAUUCCCUGAUGUCUCAGCCUCAUACACCCCACAACCUUCACUCUCAGAAGCCUCACUUGCCUGCCUCCCAUGGCCCACAGAUGCAUGGACACCCCAGAGAUAAUUAUAAUCACCCCAACAAGAGACACUUCAGUAACGCAGAUCGAGGAGACUGGCAGAGGGAAAGGAAGUUCAGCUAUGGUGGUGGCAACAACAAUCCGCCGUGGGGAAGUGACAGGCACCAUCAGUAUGAGCAGCACUGGUACAAGGACCACCAUUAUGGGGACCGGCGACACAUGGAUACCCACCGUUCUGGGAGCUAUCGACCCAACAACCUGUCCAGAAAGAGACCUUACGACCAGUACAGCAGUGACCGAGACCACCGGGGACACAGAGAUUAUUAUGACAGGCAUCAUCAUGACUCUAAACGACGGAGAUCCGAUGAAUUCAGGCCUCAAAAUUACCACCAGCAGGAUUUCCGACGAAUGUCUGAUCACCGCCCACCUAUGGGCUACCAUGGCCAGGGACCUUCAGACCAUUACCGCUCUUUCCACACAGACAAAUUGGGGGAAUAUAAACAGCCCCUGCCCCCAUUGCACCCUGUGGUCUCAGAUCCUCGCUCACCCCCAUCUCAGAAGUCUCCUCACGACUCCAAGUCGCCCCUGGAUCAUAGGUCUCCUUUGGAGAGAUCACUAGAACAGAAAAACAACCCAGAUUAUAACUGGAAUGUUCGGAAAACAUAGAGGACAGCUUGGAAAGGGAAGAGCAAGAGUCAUCAAGCACCUGGAUAUUUUUGGUCUAAUCCAACAGUAGCCAGUUAUCUCGACCAGUGACUGGAGUUUCUGGACAUGCUGCUGCUGUCAACUCACCGGCUGAAGGAGCACUUCAAGGAGUAGGGGGCUUUUAUCUGGUCCAGAUUGAAUUUGGGUCCCCACUCCUGCACUUUGGCAUCCCAUCCCAUUCCAGCCUAGUUCUGGCCUCCCACUUUGAUGGGUGCUAGGAGGAAGAGGUGACUUUGUACCAGCUUUAUGGGGCGGUAGCUCCCCAGUGAAGGAAGAAGGGAUCCUAGAGAUAUGAAUGUUUUAUUGCCGGGGCAGUGUUCCCUGGACCUUGGCGUGAUGGUCAGGGAGGGAAUGAGUGCAUGAGCGAAGGCUGCCAGGACCUGCUGGGCAGUGCACGAUUUCAUUCACUAGUAUAUGAUAAUUGCUGCUGAGGGGGAGUGGGGUGUGGGGCAAGUAGUUGGGUUCUUGCGUUAUAGGACUUGAAGGGGAGCAGGUAUGCCCCUCAAAUGUGUUCUUGGGAGAAAUGAUACACUCGGUCCUCAUUAUGUGAAAUCCUGGGGUGGGGGGAGGGCAUAAAGAGAGGGAAAUACCGCAAUGGCCUCUUCCUUACCAACACUAAUUUUUCCCACACCGUCUUUGUACAUUUCAAAGAUUGGUCUCCUGAGUAGGCCUCCUUUUUCCCUAUGUCAGGGAAGAUAGGGUCCCUCUGGCUGACUUUUGAGUACUGUGAGUUAGGCAACAUUGAAGUCAGCAUGGGUGUUAACUUGGUUGGGGAGUGGGCAGAAUGAGGGUAUAGGGCAGGGGGUGGGGAGGGUAACCAUUGUGUGGCCAGGGAACUGGAAUCCCUGGUGGAUUUCUAAUUCCUGUGGUGAGAUGUGAAACUCCAGGGCCUGGAGAGGAGGGGCAAGCAGAGGCAGGCCUGCUGACCGCCUUGUAGCCGGCAAGCACCAAGAUGGCGGUACUUGUGCAGAUGUGACCAGGUUUUCCAGUGAGAAUGCCAGCAAGUGGGGAAGCGUUCAGUAUUGUGUAGGGCAGCAUUUGCAGCUGCGUUUUAGUUCCCUUUGCACAACUUGAAGUAGAUUAUACAGAAUCACACAUCUCCUAAGAGUCAUAUGGUCAGAUGAAAAUAAGUUAACUUGUGGUGGACGGGUUUCUACUGCGAGGUGAAGAUUAUUAGAGUUGUACUCAAUUUUUUUUGAAGAAUAAGAUCAAGUAAAGCAUAAACCCAAGUUAAUUUUUUUCUAAGAUAGGAAGCGUCCAAGGACAGGGUGACUAAGCUAUAUAGAUGGUAAGAGUCAUACUAAAGUUGAAUUGAGUCUAGACAAGGAGGCAAUCUGGUUACAUCAAUUAAGCAGGCAGAGUGGAGUUUUCCUAAAGAGCUCCUUUCAGUUUAUGAAUGCUGGGGCCUUCAGUUUGAUUCAUUUUAAAUUAUAGCUUUGCCAGUAUUUUUUAAAGAGUAUCCAAAGACCUUUCUAGAUGGAGGCAGAAUAACUGGCUUGAAUAUACGGUUUGCUUGUGUCUUAAAUUUAUGCCUGCCAAGUGUAAGUGUCCAGGUUCAGAGCUGGUGAAAAGCCCUUCCACUGGGCAUGUACAGGGUUAAACUCCCCGAACUAACUCGUGGGGACUUCAUAACAUCAUUAUCACUUAUUAGUGUGCUGAGCAGCACCAUCCAUGUCUUUAGCAAGAAACCCCUGAGUUGAAUCACCUUAGUGAAGUAGAUGGGGCUUUGAUGGGCUCCUUGUCACACAAAAUGUAAUGGGACUGGCCAGGGUGGAGUUGCUGGGCGAGAGCUGGUUCUCGUGGCUUGUGAUGGAGGCUCAGUGGGCCCACUACCUUCGUGUUUAACUUCGCUGGCACUUGGGUUGUGCGCAUGUGUUCUGGAGCCCAAGUGACUGCAGAGGAGCCACCUGAGCAAAGUCACCUCACCGAGGACUUGCCGUGAAUGCCCAGUGGAAGGAGGUAGGAGGUUAUGGCUCUGCUUUAGCCACAAAGUAAUUGAUAAGGAAACCACAAAUUUAGUAUUUUGCUGAUAAUACUGACACUAUCCCAUGCUCGUCUUGUCCAAGUCAAAGAUGAAGGUUAAGUUGGCUUACUCAGUCCUUGACUGAUGGGAGAUGGGGGCCCAGUGCCCUUGCCCUGGCCCUGGCCCUGGCCCUGUGGGAAGUCGUACUGUGCCAUCCUGGAGGUGGCGUUCCUGUAGGCAGAGAUGGUAGAGGGAGGCCAUGCAUUUCCAUACUUACCAAGGUUUUUUUCUCUGAUGCUGUUCGAUAGGAGAUGUAAGUUACACUCAAAGGUGCCUCGUCAUGAGGAAAAGGAACUUCCUUUUGUUCACAUUCAGGACUUUUAGUGCCAUAUGAUGUAGCAAAAGGCAGUAUCGGCCAGAUCAGUGUUAAAUUGAUCCUAAAAUUACAGUAUCCCCAUCAAAACAGCUGUUUUAGGUGUUGAAGUAUGUCUGAAGAGUACAUAGGGAGAAAGGAGGCAUUUCCUCAUUGAUUUAAAUCAGUAUGAAAAUUGUAUGCUUAAAACCAGAAGUUUGCACAGGUAGAAAUUCUCCCACUUGUGAAUGGGAGAGCUGCCACAGGAAUUUUUGAAGAUGAUAUUCUGUAGAGCCUAGCCUUGCAAGAUUUAAUUGUGGGGUAGAAAUAGCAGGGGGUGAGGAAGAGGGGAGCUAACAUCACAGAAACCCUGAAUGUAAACAGGGAUUAAUAUGAUAUACUGUAGCCCUUAGAAGGGAAAAUGUGACGCCCCCACUGACCACGGUAGCCCUGCAGGGCCGUGUGGAGCAAACAGCCGGGCCCUCCACGGCUUGGCUUCUCCCCUUGGCUCGCUCUCCCAUUAGCCAUUCCCCAGGCCCCUCGACGGGAAACAUGGACGCUUCGCACAGCUGCGGCAGACGUUCGAGCCUGAUGUCUGACAGUCGCAUCAGGACGUGUGGUGCAAACAUGAUUCAGUUACGAACUCACACUAUGACACUGCAACCCUACAGACCAAAACCCACAUGUCAGCGGGAGCGGAGGCCGGCCCAGCACAGCGGCUGCCUGGCAGGCUGAGGGCUACUGGUCGGGUGAAGGGGGGCCAUGCCAAGGGUCCAGGCUGCUUCCGUCCGUCUGCUCCCCACGCGCCUGGGGACAGAUGGCCUUUCUUUAUUGUAAAAUUGUGGACUUUUAAAACCUGUUGACUAAACAGUAAUUAAUUUAUAUUUGUGAAAAAUGCCACUGUCCUAGUGAUUUCUGCUGUAAAUACUGUUGUUUAUAUAGUAUGUAUUAAAUUUUCCUACAUUGUAAAACUGCUGUACUUUUGAUUCUUGUAUAUUAAAAAGUGUUACUAAGGAUUUCUAGAA